ACCCUAUUGUCUUAUGCAUGUAUAUAUAUAUCAAUGUCUUCAAUCUUAAACUCUCCAUCUUAUACCUCUCAAGGGUACUUCACUACUAAACCCAUCGAAGCUUGUCUUGAUUAGUUGCAAAGCUCAUAAUAUAAAACCGAGAUGGGGAUAAAACCUAAGCAUAUUAUGGUUGUUAUCAUAGCCAUCAUGAUCAUGACAAGCUCAUGUUUGGCUGCUAGGGGUAUAAUUUCCCGGGAAAAUAAUCAAGAAAACGAAAACAUAUCGGGAGAGAUAUUAGGGAAAGAAGAGGAGUCAGCUGAGAAAAUAGAGCACCCAAGAAACAAUGUGCAGAAUCACCAUUACAUCCCAAGACAAGAUUUUUACAACUAUGGACCUGGUGGUGGUGAUAACAAUGGAGGUGGUGGUUAACUCAAAAGAAAUCGUGAAGACGAUAUCGAUA